GCUGUAAGGUAGUUGUGUACUGUGUAGGCUACAGUAGCUUAGAUAGUCGCUCUCUGCUCAGUGCAAGACAAUACCAAGUGGCACGUUAUUUAAGUUAUACAUUUUGGAAAUAGAGCUCUAUGAUUUACAGAUCCGUAAUUAUCUGUGAUGAUAACGAUAAUAAUAGAGUAGAAGUGGACUGUCAACGCAUGAUAGUUGUUAGCAUAAUGCAUGCAGUCGUGGCAAAUCAUUGAACCUUGAACACUUCGAUGCAUGUUGUAUCUUGAUAGAAGUGUAUUCUGCAGAAAUGGCUUUAGAAGAAGCUGAGGCUCAGCUCGCUGAGCUUGAGCUCCUUUCAAGCAUGUUCCCAAGUGAAGAGGAGUUUGUUGUCACUGACCAGCUGGCUUUUGCAGAGUUGAGAGACUACGUUGAGGGGGUCUCGAAUACACUUCCACAUUCUAGACCUGACUUUUUGAUAAAACACAAAAUGGACACCAUCAGCUUCAAAGAGGUGGACAUCACAAUCUCCUGCACAUAUGUGUCUGACUACCCAAAAGUCCUACCAGAGAUUUCUGUCAGGUGUGCCCAACUCAGCAGAGCUCAUCAAACCCAACUGCACAGCGACCUCAACUCGUACCUGCUGGAGAACUGCUCUGGGGAGGUUUGCUUGUUAUCAGCAUUCGAGUGGGUAAAAGAUAAUGCAGCUCAGUACAUUGACAAGAGUGUCUCAGCGGUUGUCCCUAAGAAAGAUGCGUCGUCGUCAGUUCCCACCCAGGAGGCUUUCACUCGGCUCUGGAUCUACAGCCAUCACAUCUACAACAAGAGUAAAAGAAAGAACAUUCUGGAAUGGUCCAAGGAACUCAAUCUCACUGGAUUCAGCAUGCCAGGCAAGCCUGGGGUUGUCUGUGUGGAGGGGCUUAGGACCCCAUGUGAUGAGUUUUGGAGCAGAGUAAAGUGUCUGACAUGGAAGAGGAUCAUGAUUCGCCAUCGAGAGGAUAUUCCAUUGGACAGCGAGGAUGGCAGCAUAGAUGAAAGAGUGGCCUCGCACCGCAAGUUCACUGGGUUCGACGAGGCUAUUUUUGAUCCCCAUGGAAACCGAGGAAAUCACAUGGACCUUGGGCAGCUCUACCAGUUCCUCAGUGAGAAGGGUUGUGGGGAGAUUUUCCAGUUGUACUUUGGGAUUGAGGGGAAAUAGCAGUGGUCCCACGGAGAAGAUAAGAGACUCUAUAAUCCUCUGUGCCUUCAGAAUGCAUCACUCUGCUGAUGGAUAUGGUGCCCUGCAAAGGGAGACAUGAAAUAAAACACAUUACACCCCACCACACAGACACACCUCCCCCAGCCCCAAGUGCUGUUUUUGUACCAAACAAACCAACACAAUGUCACUGUGCCUUUUAAAAAGGUUUUAAACAGCCGGUAGAAUAGGCUAUAUACCUAGAAGGCUGUUCAGGUACCUCAUUUGUUUCUGGUGGAGCCAGGUGUGUUUGAACCUGCCAUUAUUGUUCAUGUAAAAACCUGAUUGGUUGUUGCACCUAGUGAAUCAGUAUGUUACGAUGUGAAAAUGAUUUAUUAUUAAAAUACUAAAAUUGUUAUUAAAAUUGUUAUUAUUGGGCAACCCAUACCUUCAGUGUUGGAGUGAACCUGUAAGGAGCAAAAUAUAACAGAAGAUGCAGUUACAGCACAGCUAACGCUCUCCCGGAAACAAAUGAGGCACCUGAGCAGCCUUCCAUGCAUAUAGCCUAUUAACCUUGAUAUCCGAUGCAUUACCGUGGUUGUGUUGGACUAAGGUUUAUGUCUAGUGCAAAAUUAGAGGAGACGCAUAUAGCAAUCUAUUGGCACUGUGACUGGGCCUAUGGUUAGUUUAUAUUAUUAUUCCACUUAAAUACAGUUCAGCCAUGGCAUUGGAUUGAAAAUGUCAUCGUAGAUGACAGAUUGCCGGCUGUUGCAUAUUGACACUUUGAGAGAUAGGGUUUGAUAUGACUGGGUACAUUAA